AUGCAAGCCAACACGCUGAUAGCGCGUGCCAAUAAUGCCAGUGUACUCACAUUUGGCAAUAGCACCCAUAAAUUUUGGACAUUUGACUGGUGUACACCCCAAAAACUCAGACAAACAAGUGUCAUCGGUACAGAAAAAUCCGAUGAGAACGACGCUUCGGGAGAAGAGCUAUACAAUUUCAAGUACAAAGUGUGGCAGCCUAGUGAAAAAGCGGGAUGGCACGAUCUGGACGCGGACGCGGACGAAAUCAUCGACUUGACCCUGUUUGACAGAACACGCUCGAAUGAAGCAACCCCCGGAGCCAAGGGGCCAGUCAGUGAUGGCCAUCCAUCUUCAGAGGGCCUUUCGGCAGAAGAUAUAAGAGGAGCUGUAGGUGGCCAGGAAACACUUCCAGGAUUGGCUGCAGCUAAUCAAGGUCAGUCGAGUGGACAAUCUGAUCAGCAAGACGUAACUUCCGAAAGUAACGCUCCUCAAAGGUCUGUCCCGGAGCAGGAUGCAGAAAUUUUGGUGGACUCAAGCAUGGGGCAGCCGGAGACUUCGGAAGCAAAGGACCCGAUCGUGCCUACGGAUGCUGAGGGAGAUAUCAAUUUAAGUUGA